UUUAGUGACACUGGAACUAAGCCUCCAGAGAGUGGUAUCUUUGGUUUUAUGAUUAAUAUUUCAGCACUUUUAGGUGUAAUUACAAUGUACAUCAGAUAUUUAUUAAUAGAGAAGCAAAAUGAGUCAUCACACUUUGUCAGGUCUUCAUGCAACAUGUUUUCAUUAUGUAUUGGAUUGACGGGCUGUACUGGAAUGGGCAUCGUUGCCACUUUUCAGGAGCUGGCUGUUCCCAGUGUCCAUGACAUAGGAGCUUUGGUGGCAUUUGGCUCGGGUGUUGUAUACAUUACACUUCAGUCUAUAAUCUCUUACAAGUCCUGUCCACAAUGGAACACUUAUUUUGUGUGUCGCAUAAGGAUGGCCAUAUCUGUAAUAUCAUGCAUUGCUUUCAUUCCCAUGAUUGUGUUUGCUUCAAAAAUUUCCAUGACAAAAAUUGAUUGGACUCCAGGUGAAAAGGAUUAUACUUACCAUUUUCUGAGUGCAAUCUGUGAAUGGACGGUGGCAUUUGGUUUUAUCUUCUUCUUUUUAACAUUCAUUAGAGAUUUUCAGAGAGUUUCUUUAAGGAUAUCAACAGAAAUACAUGAAGACUCCUGA